AUGGUGCGGUCAAGUGGGACACCUGAAGCGAUACCUCCAUCAUCACCCCCCGGUCUAACAACCUACCAGUACCAGGCCGCGAAGCCCACUCAUAGGUCCACUCCUUCAACAUCUUCAACGUCAUCAGGGAAGGGGGUUGCGGCGGCUCCGCACGUGUCGUCUGAUUUUCUUGAGAGGAGGCCCUCCAUUGCCCGUACUGAACACAGCACUGAUAGCGGCAGGACAAUAAGGGGUAAUCGGAGCGUUGAUAGAUUAAGUGGGAGCACGGAGGGAACAUUGGGGAACUCACGAGGUAACUGUGUGGAAGUUUCUGCUGUGACGACAGCUACUGUUGUCACUUCUUCGAGACCUGCGACUGCGCUGGGAGUCCGUCCCUCCUUACGAUUGCGUUCCCACUCGACAGGCGCUGUUUCCCGGGCUGCAUCUGUGUCCUCGUCGCCCCAGCGACGUGGAAACAACCCUUUGACGAGCUCGGGAACGAGUUCCUCCGUAACAACUCCUUCCACGGGUAACUCUGAAGGCUCCCAGUUCUGGGAAUCUUCUCCCCAGGGGUUGAGGGCGAAUCCGGAUCGCCUUUUUACCAGCACUCCAAUUGUCUACCCUGAUAGAGACUCGAGGGUUCACCCCGAAACAGCUUUUGGGUCCCUGUUGGGACCACCAUUACCGCCUAAACCUCCGCCCGCAUACUCCCUGCAUCCUACCUAUGCUGUCGGGAAACACUUGGGGGAACCAUUGGGGAAUAAUCUGCAGAGGGGAAAGGACCCGAUCAAAGCUCGAACGCGCGAGCAUCGAUCACAUUCACAAAAGGCAAUGUUGUCUUCGGCACUUGAGAAAGCCAACACGGCUGUGACUUUGGAUAAUGCCGGGAAUUAUGAAGGAGCGAUGGAAGCCUAUGGGGAUGCUUGUGUUUUGCUGGGCCAGGUCAUGAAGAGGGCUGGUGCGGAUGAGGAUAGGCGGAAACUAGAGGCCAUUGUGAGCUCCCUUCCCCAGUUUCUUGUCCUUGGGUCUUCUCCCUCGGGGGAAACGCUCACUCGGCCCAUGCAAAGGUUAUGAAGAUGGCCAUCAGCCAUCUUGCAGACACGUGGCUAAUCGGGGUGGGGGAGUAGCACGAGACAUAUACCCAGCGAAUUGAAGAGCUUCGAGAUUUGUUACCGCGCCCUACAGGGACCGAGAAGGAACUGCCUGCCAGGCCAUUGACGGAAGAAUUCACUGACCAGGAAAGCCUGUAUGAAUCAACAGUAAUAAUAUCAACCGCUACCACUGCCUCGGUAAUUGGGAAUUAUCGAUAUGCCGGUGAUGUCCCGCAGGCGAUGGCUGUACCCCCUAGGAGAGAUUCUUUGUACUUGGGUCCCGAUUUGAGCUCGAAUUCUGAGCCCCUGCCACCACUGCCCAUAGCCAGGUCCAGGUCUGCAGAGCAUAUCCUGGUCCCCCUCUCCCCAGGGCGCCGACCUCGUUCGUCAAAGGGGGAUGUAAUUAUUAGGGGUGAGGGAUUGAACCAUGGAGUUUACGAGAGCACUAAUAGGGAGUCAUUUACCUUUGGGGCAGCUGCCUUGUCGCCUCGAUUCUCGCCUGCAAAGGAACGCGACUAUGGUAUUCGAAGAUCUAUGUCGGAUGCAUCCUUGAUUUCGUCGCGAAGGUCAUCAUCGCAUAGGAAAUCCGGCUUAUCAUCGAGUAAUACGCAUUCCAGACAGGGAAGCGAGGCUUCCACGUCUUGGCUGAACACGAUCGACGAAUCUGGUGGAUCAGUAUCUGGCGAGUCAUCGCCUGAGUACACGAGCAGGAAGCCAACAGAGAAGGGCGAUAGGGAAUUGAGGAGGGAGAAGGAGGGGGAUAUUGUGCGGCAAUUCGAAGAGGAUUUUGAUUCUCAGCUUGAUGCGGCAGUGGAGGCCGCUUACGAUGAUGGCUAUGAAGUAGACUACACGUACGAUCGUGAUGAUGAGUUGUUAAUGAUGAGAAGUCCAAGGAUGAAUGUUGAGAGGGCAAAGGAGAGGGUUAGGGAGGUGGAGAGGGAAAUGGAAGUGGAGGUACAGAAGGAGAAGGAACGGCGAUUAGAGAGGGAAAGGUUAGGGUUUAGCGGGAAUAGGAGAGAUCCUGAUACGGACUUUAUCGAUGAUAUGGAGGGCGGCGAGUCCGAUGAGGAGGAGCGAAUGCUGGAAGAGAUGACAAGAGGGUAUACACUCGAUGAUUUUGAAUUUAACCUGGAUUCGAAAACAGCAUUACCCCGACAGUCGGCGUCCACCGCAAAUUCCGAUUCGAUGCUACCUAGGGAAUCGGGUUCGAGUGGCUACUCGUCUGGGACAACAUGGGCGAGCUCGGUUAGCUCUGCGCAUAUGCUGAAUGGAACCCUCUUGACUACAGUGACGGAAGCUCCAGCAACACCUCCACCCCCACCUCCAAGCCUUCCGCCUCACCCACCCCCACUCUCGCUUCCUCCUCAGGCACCACCUCCACCACCGCCACUAGCGCCGGCGCCCUUGGCACCGUCGGUGCAAAAAAUUAAGGAACCACUGCCAACGCUCCCUAACCCUAAUAUUGCGGCGAUCCCGGGGCUUGCGGUUACGAAGGCUUCAAAUAGUGUAAGAAGUAGACGCCUCUCGGCCUUGGCAGAGCCUCUCAAGGUUGAAACGUCAACUUCCAAUACCGUUUCUUCAUCAAACACAACAGCCGUACCGACAACUUUGGCGCGUGGGCCGCCACCACAACCGGGGGCAAUUGACUCAGAACCCCCAUCCAAACCGCCUCCAUUACCACCAGUAAGCCCUCCGUUGAACGCCCCUCCAAAGUCAGCUUCAGCCGUAUCCUCGUCCGGACAGGGCACCUCUAGCGACUUGAGGGACGGCUCGCUGCCGGAACCUCCAGCAACAGCUCAAGGAAUUUCCGGGAGAAAGCUUUCAUCGCCAACGCCCCCAACACUCGAGCCUCCGGGACUCAGUGUUCCGUUGACAAAGACGAUAUCUGACUACGGCGCAUCGGGUUCUCCAGCCAGAUAUACUCCGCGAAUUACUGGCAUCCCCGGCUCGCUGAGGCAGAUACAAUCAUCGGCGAGCUUGAAGAGUAGGAAUGUUGUUGGUCCCGACACGGAGUCUCCAGGAACACCUCACAACCCCCUGUUUUCGUCAUCCAGCACUUCAAAUUUAAGAAAAGCAUUUCCGAGGUCGGCAACUCCUGCUACGCCCACCAUCGUACCUAAUACACCAAUGGGCGCCCCUCCAACUGCUGGACUCCCUGCUGGCGGAAUGCACCUUUUCGACAGCAAACUUCAUUCACCCGCUACACCUGGUAAUGAAGAGGUCCUUUCUUCCAGUAUUCCAGUUCCUCUCGAGCCCUGUCCUCCCGAGCCGUUGUCUAAGCCCUUUUGGUUGAUGAGAUGCUUUUAUCAAACAGUAGCCCAUCCCCGUGGUGGAUAUAUAUCUGCUAGACUUUUCGUACCUAGAGAAGUCUGGUUCAUCAAGGGAGUUAAAAUCCGCGCAGUGGACGAUAAGAUUUCUGCAUGCGACCUUGUCAGCGCAGCAUUGGCUAAACUCGCAACAGUAAAGCAUAACGACAUACAUGCUCUCUAUGAAGAGAUGCAAUCGCUUGAAGGCGUCCUCGAUCGCGCGCAAACUGUUCUUUCAAAGAAGCUUGGUAAUGAAGUAGGAUCAGUCGGUGCAAGGUCCUUUUACCAAACCGAGCACACGAUAUCAGAAAGCAACGCCCAUGACAUGGUGACAAAAUCCACCGGCGUCACUGGAGGGAAGAGUUACUUUUCCUUGCGCAAGCUCCGUACAAAGUCCUCCAACACUGCGCUCUCUAGCUUUGGUUCGUCGUCAAAUCUUGCGGGCGGGGGCUUUUACGGUAGUAGUGGACUGCCGAUGGCCGCAGGCGCGACAGAUUCCUCCUCUCAACCCAAGAGGAACCUGGAGGGUGUCACUUUUGGCGGGCCUCAUGCUGCUUAUAUAAGUGCUUUGGCGAGGUUGUUUGAUGCCGCACAGAUUCUUGGUAAGCGAUUUAUGAACUCUACUGUUUUUCCCGAUUUGGACUCCCCUUUCUCCUUUCUUUCUUUCUUUGUUUAUUAAACAGGGAGCUAAUAAACAUAUGUGCGCUACUAUAGACCGCCUCCCAGUGUUCGACGAGGACAGCAUCCCUAAGAAGACUGCCGUAUCGACAUCGACCAAAGUCGGAUUAGAGCUUAGCCAUCGUCACGCAGCAGAGUUCUUUGGAUUCUACAUUUGUCGUUUCGUACUGGCGGAUGUUUCCCUCCUUCUGGACAAGUUUGUGAAGAGAGGUAGUGAAUGGGUUGCACAGUAAUGGUCGUUCUGGCAGAGCUUUUUUUCUCUUUCACCCUUUUACAUUAUACUUUUUUUUUUCUAUUUUUCAUUUGUUUGGCCAUCUCCUUUAUUACCAUCAGGCUACAUUUCUACUAUAGCUUUAUCGCUGUCUCUGUGUCUUACUGUGUUAUUACGGCGUUCGGCAUGAUGUUUGCUAGCUAGAUACCUACCUACUUACCUCGCUCCCACCUUUCAUGCACAUAUUUUUCUUUUUUACCUGUUUUUUUCUCUUUAUGUUGGACUCUUUUUCUUGGUGCAAUCAUACUAUACCAGCCAAUUGGGCAAAAUUAAGCUAAGCAAAACAAUUAGGAUGGAUGGAUGGAUGAAUAGUAUAGUGCAUUUCUUGUUUCCCAUUAACGCGUAUCAUACUUUAGCCAUCACGAUCACAUACCCACCUUUACGUAAUCCCCACGACGUUAGAGUGGACUAAAGUGUUACUACCUGUAGAUUACACCGCCCAAACAAAUGAGCGGCAGUACUGCCAAAAUCCUAAAUAGUCUACCACUUGCGACCGACCUGCCAUUUCCCAGCUAUAUCUACGCUAAUCCAAACAGGCUCUCAGCCCCCCUCUCUUUCCCCGGAGCAAGCUGGUAUGGUACGAUAAUGAAAUUCGGGAACAAAGUCAUGCUAUCGGUAUACUGGAGUGCAGCGCUCCUCAUUCUCACCACCUAGCCCGACAACAAGAGCGAAAACGAAAAGCGAGAACGGGAAAGCUAACUAGGAAACGCAUGGCACAGUGCAGGGAUCCCGGAAGCGAACGAGCUAGUACAGUACUCGUACCCGUACCAGGACUUGGAAGGACUUUCCGCAAAGCAGUUAUUGAGGCCAAAGUUUCUACCGGUGUGACGGCCGUGUUCACAGCAAUGGAUGUCUGGUUUUUUCUUCUUUUUUUGUUUCCGCAGAUUGUGGAGGGAUUGUUUGUACAAUAGUGGUUGGGGAUUUAAAGUGAGAUAAAAAAUAGAAAAUCGGGGGGGGGGGUACCGUAUCGUAAGGCCGAAGUUGGCUCGGGGAUCCGAUAAGAGAGGUAGGCUACUCGAGUAUCAUACAGUAGGAUAGGUGUAACACUUGGGUUGGUUGCUUCGAGGCGAUCUGGCAAUGUUGUGGGAGGGUAGGAGUUAGCUUGGUACAAGUACUUGUAUCGUAUUGUGCCUGGUCCGGGGAGCAUCGUAGGUAUGUUGUGAUGUCUGAAAAUGGGGGAGUGUUUGCUGUUUGUGGCUUUUGGAUAUGAUAGAGAUAUAUCGUAUACAUGGUGGGGUAUUUGGGAAGGCGGUGGUGUAAAAGAGGGGGAUAAGAGAAUAUGGAAUAUAUAAUACUUUAUAUGGAAUUAAGAUAAUUAUAUUAUUAUAGAGUUGUAUGUUUAUAAGUUUGGUUAUUUGAUAGAAUACCCCUCUUCAAACCCAAAUUUGACAGAAUGCCACUGUAAAAAAAAUGUUUGAUAGAAUGCCACCUACCACAUGUUCUUCCACCAAAUCUUCUCCACACAGUUUAUCCCACCUCCAACAAUAUAGGUCUAACAUAGCCCAAUGCAUUAAGUGAUAAAAUUAAAUAUAUUACAGUAAUAUAUAAAAGCAAGUAGUAAAGAUGGGAUUGUAGGUAUGUUAGAAUAUAAUAAUCAACUAUUAUAACUUAUUCUGCUUCUCUAUUCAAGUUCCAUAUUAUCUAAACAUAAAAUAGGUAAUCAGUUGUCAAACAAAA